CAUUGGUCAUUAACACAUGUGAUUACGUGACACAUCUCUUGUAUGCAUGUUAAAAAAAACAACACUUCUCAUUAUCCAGGAAGGAGAAAUUCUGGGAAGCCUUGAGUUUGACCUGGCCAUGUCCUAAAUGAGGGAGAGAGGCACACACUUACCAAUGCCUAUGCUAGGCCUUUUGUCACCUGCCUGGCAGAUAGAGACCAAAGCAGUAUUGGUACAGGUGGUUUUGUUCUCAAUGUAACAUUUCUGGAGACCAUGAUUUCCUGGCUACAUGUUAAAUGCAACAGACUUGGGAAUGGAAGAACCGUCUCAUAACGAAAAGCUUGUUUGGGUCAGAACCAGAAAAGAUUCACGCCCCUCUGUUUCCUGUGACCCCCCCUCCAAACUCCCACAUGCUCUAAUCUAAAGAAUCACCGGGGGUGGUAGUGUGGAAGGCUCAGUGUGCAACUUCUUUGGUACACAGGACUGUACGCGGAUCCCCGUAGGGUCAGGCAUGCCAUUCAGUCUGUGUUCCAUCCCACCUCCCACUUAUUCAGCUUGCUUGUGUGAAUCAGGUUCAACAGGCUCGAGUGCAAAAAUCUGCUAGUGUAGCACACAGUUGCUUAGUCAUCAUGAUUUCCCUCAGAUUGCCCCAAAGAUUCAACUCAUGCCCCCAUAUGCCAGCAAUGGACGGGGCUGUGCCUUUCAUUAUUUGCUCAGGCUGUGUGGUUUGGUGAGCUAGAGGACCUUUCUUUCUUUCUGAGAGCCAGCAUGGUGUAGUGGUUAAGAGUGGUGGACUUGUAAUCUGGUGAACCGGGUUCGCUUCCCCGCUCCUCCACAUGCAGCUGCCGGGUGACCCUUGGGCUAGUCACACUUCUCUGAAGUCUCUCAGCCUCACUCACCUCACAGAGUGUUUGUUGUGGGGGAGGAAGGGAAAGGAGAUUGUUAGCUGCUUUGAGACUCCUUCGGGUAGUGAUAAAGCAGGAUAUCAAGUCCAAACUCCUCCUCCUCUCUUCUCUCCUUCCUUCCUCAGUAAGGUUGUGGAUUCAAAUUCAACCAGCCCCUCCACUCCUUUCAGAAGAAGUGGGACAGAAGUGUAUAUAUCUUAGAAUCUACCUAUUGGAAAAUGAAGGGAGUUUUGUAUAUCCAAAUACCAUUGCUGUUUGGAGGGGCAGUUGUUAGCAGGUAGCUUAAGAAUGGAUACAAGGAAAUUUCUUCCUAUAAAGAGUACUCAUUUACAGGCUGGACAGAGUUGGGAGGACAGGUCUUUUAACAACCCUUCAUCCCCAUCACCUGGUACCGGUACUUGAAGGUAUCCUUACCUCCAUGUUCCAAGACAAUAUCAGUUGCUGGCAACAAAGAAAGGAACGUGGUUGCUUCCAUUCUGUGCUUUUUGACUUCCUGGGUGCCUCUGGUUGGCCAUCAUUGAUAAAAGGUGCUGAAGUAGAUGUAUUUUUGGUGUGAUCUAGCAAGGCUUUUUUUCUAUCUCCUUAAACAAUUUCUGUUUGUGGAUGAUGUUCUUCAGGCUAGGAGUCAUUCUUUCUCUUAAGGUGUGGGAUGCAAGGCCAUGGGGAGGAGUGUUGGGAUUGGAGACUUUUGAAUGUGUUCCCCCCCUAUCCUCAUGCCCAGGAGCUGACCACUGUGCGUGUCCAAGAUCCUCGUGUCCAGAACGAGGGCUCCUGGAACUCUUAUGUGGACUACAAAAUAUUCCUCCAUACCAACAGCAAAGCCUUUACAGCCAAGACAUCCUGUGUACGCAGACGGUACCGUGAGUUCGUGUGGCUGAAGAAACGGCUGCAGAAAAAUGCCGGCUUGGUGCCUGUCCCAGAACUUCCAGGGAAGUCCACAUUCUUUGCAGGCAGCACUGAUGAAUUCAUUGAGAAGCGGAGGCAAGGGCUUCAGCAGUUCCUGGAGAAGGUGGUACAGAAUGUUGUGCUCCUUUCGGAUAGCCAGUUGCACCUCUUCCUCCAGAGUCAGCUUUCUAUACCAGAGAUUGAAGCUUGCGUCCAGGGUCGGGGCUCUCUGAGCGUCACAGAUGCCAUUCUCCAUUAUGCCAUGUCGAACUGUGGUUGGGUGCAGGAGGAGGACAGCCAUUCUGCUCUGCUGGCCAAAGGGGACUUCAGCAGCAGCUCUGUGGAAUCCCACCCUCAUUGGAGUGACAUCAGCAUGGAAGACAGCCAGUUGGAGAGCCCGGAUUCUGAGGAAGAGGAGCCACUGCCGGUUGACUCUGUAGCAUCAGCUGACCUUGUCAAGGAACAGUGAGAGUAAGAAGGAAAAGGGCUCCAUCCAGGAUGUGCUUGGAGCUCUGUCUCUAGCCCUUUCCUGGAAAUUGCAUUGCCUGUCCAGGGUCCAACUCCUGUGCUGUAACUGGUGACCUGAGUGGGCGACCAGCCUAGACCAACGCCCGAGAAGCUGAAGCUCACGCCUAGGAAUACUACUGCAGUAGCUGUAAAUUAUAUGAUGUAGCUCCUGUUCUUGCAGCCUGAUCCUGCCUUGUAGAAAAUGAGCUGGCUUCCAGCAAGGGCAUGUCAGCCUAUCACUUCUUAUCCCACCUUCUGUAGAUUUUGGCAAACAAUCCUACGCAGGAAGCUGCUCGAUUUUGUUUUGGCUGCGUUCCCUUCCUCUCCCUCCUCCUGUCCAUCGCUGCUGGUGUUUCUCGCAGAGGCCCAGCUGUCUUUGGUUACCCUGUAGGCGUGUCAAAAACAGUUCGCUUGGGGUUGGACUUUCCUUUGUUACAGAGAGCCAGAGAGCCCACCUGCUGGCUUUGGAUGCCAAGCCCACAUCUGGGUUUCCCUGGCAGAGCUGCAUACAGCUGGGAUGAGUGGCUGGGCACCCUUGCCAGCUCAUUAGCACCAGAGCUGAUUCUUCUGGUUAGAGGGUGCAAGUGUUAAGAACAUAGAGGGGGAAAUGGGGAGGUUAUUCUGUAAUGCUCUUGUGUGUUUGAUGCAUGCAACCUAUCAUGUGCUCCUCUAGAAAUAAGAUGACCCCUCCAUACCCCCACCACUAUGUAUCUUUGUGAGGGUAUUAGAUAAUUUCCUUCCCGUUGUUGUUGCACAGACAGCAGACCAGAGAUCUUAUAGAGAUCCUCUGUCUUGCCCAUUCUCCUUUGGGUAGAAGGUAAUGCAGAGCUAAAAGAAAUGGGCUCAAAUAGGCUGGGAGGCCUGCAUGGAAACAUUCCUUACUUUCUCUUUUUGCUGUUUCUUCUCUGUCUCCCUUGCUUCCCAAAGUUUGGUGUACUAUGAAAUUAGGCUUUUGGUGAUACCCGCACACUUCCCCGAAAACCCUUUUUAAUGAAAGUUAGGGAGUUUCUUGCCCUCCAGCAUCAACUCUAGUGCCUGGGUGCUUUCUGCUAUAACUUGCAGAUUCAGUCUGUGAGCUUCAAGUUUUGAAAUGGCGGAGAAACUCCUCAAUUAAAGUGCUUUGACCUUUUUUUUCAGACCUCUUUCUCUCUCCAACAACCUCAGUAAAGCAAGUAGAACUGCUAUCACCUGAAAAGCUCUGGUCAUACGUUGCUUUUAAUUGUUCAUUCUCCCACUCCCCAGUCUGCCACCCAGUUAUGACAUAUUUUCUUUUUAGAUGUGUAAUUGAGGAGGGUGCAGAAGAGCAAAAGAAGCAAGUGUCCUCUCUUUCAAGUUCUGGUGGUGUAUAUAGAAAGUAUACUAUAUAGAAAGUAUACUAUAGAAAGUAAUAAUGGAAUAUCCUAUUACAUCCAUCAACAGACAGGCCAAGUUCAGAUAUACAUCUCUCCAGUUGUUGACUUUCCGGUCAUCUUGACCUUAGGAUGUAAGCUGCAAGGUGCUCAUCACAAGUGGUGGUGGAAGGGAACUUCCUCUUGCAGGGUUUUAUAGCACCGGGAAUCAUGGGUGCAUCCAUGGCAUCUGUCUUUCCCAUUUUAUCAGAGUCUGCCCCCUUGAGUACUGAUGAAGCAGGAAGGGAUUUUGUUUCAUUCAUGCACACUCCUCAGCAGCCACAGAUUGCAGCACAGAGAAGGAGGUCCCUUUCUGCAACAGGUGCACAAUGAGAACAUCCUCUAAGAUGCUGUGUAUGUGAAUUUUCAGAAAUGUGUAUACUUGCAAAAAUAAAAUUUAAAAAAGGAUAACAUUUCCAGGUGGUGUCAAUUUACAGUGCUUUGCUUUUUACCCAACCUGAGAAUAUUUCAUUUAACCUUUUCUCUUACAAGCAGUGCUUUAAUCUGAGGCAAAGGUAAAACACUGUGCAAAAUGCAGUUCCCUCGUGAAUAACCUCUGCCAACCUCAUCCCACACUUGUGUACCACCUAUCAUAUUAUGCAUGGAUUGCCAGUGGAUAGUUCAGGUGCUUGGUUAGGGGCAUGUUAAUAGGAGGAGGUAGGGCCAAUCCAGGUUAAAUAUUAUUAUUAUUUAGGAGACAUGGGAGACUCCAGUGUCCCUGGUAAGCUUUUGGUUAACCUUUCACUAAAGGCAUAAAAAACUGGCAACCCUGAAUAUACUGUAGAAACAGGGAAGGUCUCUUAGUCUCUUAUGAUUUUGGGGCAAACAGGAGGGUGUUUUGGUGAUGGGGUGAUCUGUCAAUUAGUUUUCACUUGGCGUGGAUAUGUUUCCUUGGCUGAAAGAUUGAUAUGUCUGGAGGUGGGAAAAGGUUUUACUGGCAAGUCGGAUAGGUCAUGAAUCUGGGAUUUUAAAAAAUCUUGUAGCAGCUUUGGGGGGGAUCUGUGGCUGUCCAGAUGUUGUUGAAUUCCAAUUCCCAUCAGCCCCAACCAGCCAUAAUUUGCUUGGUAAGCUGCUUUCUGUCACAAACUUGGCCUCUGCUUGUGGCACGUGGUAUUUUGGGUUAUGUUGGUGUUGGUGUUUCUGGGCUGUUGCUGGACGCAUGACUUUGUUUUGUAGGGAUUUACACCCAAAUGGACUUCUAGUCUAUUUCAACUUAAUAAUAAUAAUAAUAGGGACCCAGGUGGCGCUGUGGUUAAACCACUGAGCCUAGGGCUUGCUGAUCAGAAGGUCGGCGGUUCGAAUCCCUGUGCCGGGGUGAGCUCCCGUUGCUUGGUCCCAGCUCCUGCCAACCUAGCAGUUCGAAAGCACGUCAAAGUGCAAGUAGAUAAAUAGGAACCGCUACAGCGGGAAGG